AUGAAGUCUAAAAAAAAAAAAGAAUCUAAAGAUCUCUUUGCUCAAAGAAAUACCUCAGGCGGUGUUCGAAAGAAAGCGAAGAAACAAUGUGUAUCUUCUACGUUCUAUUUAAACAAUCCAUAUAUUAUUCAAUGGCCAAAAAUCAGUGAAGAAGACCAAGAAGUAAUAUUAAGUAACAUUUUAAAUAUAUUUUCAUUUUUUCCAAAUCAAAGAAAAAAAAAUAAAAUAUUGGAAAAAAAAAGGGAUCUAAAUAACAAUAAAAGCACAAACUAUAUAGAUGGAGACAAAGAAUGUAUAGAUGAAUCUAUGGAUGACAAUAUUUCUUCAUCUCAAACAGAUAAAAGAGAAUUUAUAACAAAAUAUAUGACAUUAGGUAUAAAUGAAACUACAAAAUUACUAGAAAUGUAUUCAAAAAUUGGAAUUCCAUUAUCAGCGCCUUCUUAUCUUCGUUUUUUUGACAAAAUUGACGAAAAUUAUCUUUCUUUAUUAAAAAAUAACAAAUCAGCCAACAUUCUUAAAGUAGUCGUUAUUUGUAAAGAAGAUAUACAGCAUAAUAUUUUAUAUUCUUAUUUUCCAGUAUUAUGCGGUGUUGUUAAUGAAGUAUUUUCAAAAAUAGAGGCAUCUGAUGAUAAUUCUCAAAGUGGUAUCCGAUUAGUAACACUUCCAAAGGGUUCAGAACAACAACUUUCUGAAGCAGCUGGUCUUAAAAGACUAGCAGCAAUAGGGAUAAUGAAAAAUACACCUCAUGCAGAAAAAAUAAUUGAUUAUAUCUUUAAAAAGAUACCACCUCCUCAAAUACCAUGGUUAAGACAUCCCUCAAUAUUUUAUCCUACUUCUAUUAUCCAGGCUUCAAAUAAAUAA